CAUGACAUUGCUGCAAACCACAAACUACUGAAACUACGAAAAGAAUUAUCGCAAAAUACCACGCCAUCAAAUAGAACAUCUCUUCAUAUACCGACAACACCCCGCACGCUGCAAUAACAAUAGAACUGUCACCGCCACGACCUCACGCCUUGAAUCCCACCGCCUCGGCCAUGUCUUGACGCGCCAGACGCUUCUUGGCCAUUUCUUCUAGCACUACAACACCGAUAUGCGCCAAUAGAUUGAUCCGUUACGACUAUAUACAGUAUCAUAUUAUCCCACAAACACCACACAAACGCGUCUCCGAUAGCUUCCAUGGCUGCGCGGCAAGGCGACCGCCCCGAGGCCGACGGCUUUGUCGUCAAGCACGACGGCCGCAAACCACUCUUCAACAAACCCAAUACGAAUAAUGCUAAUAAUUACCAAAAUCGCCCCUCCAAUUCCUUCUUCUCCUCAUCACAGCAGACCCAACAGGCCAAGCCACAGCCUCAGGGUCCAAACUAUGGCCGACCCCAAAACACAGCAUCGCGAAUACCACAGCCCGACAACCCCCCCGACAGUGUAGGCAGUAGCGGGGGUUUCGGUCGUCGAAAACACAUUUCUCUUGCUGAAGCAUUUGCUAUGGCUGAAAAGGAAGGUGGCGCAGACCACGACGAAGUCAUGGCUGGCUCUCCAAGUCCAGCACCAAGAAGCUGGCGCAAAACAGCAGAUCAGGCGAACGACGACCCGCGCCAUCGACGCUCCAUGGAUGAGAUUCGCAAGAGCCCGGCCAUGCGACAAGCCGAACGAAAUCUACAAGCAGCACGGACAAUGUCUCAGGAUAGGCUGGUCUCGGGAGAUAGACAGAGCAUUAGCGAUGAGAUUCCCGGUGUACCAAAGCUCGUUCCCGGAAUCGAAGACCUUCCCUUCAAGCAGACAGCGUCACCUGAAAAGAACUACGCAUAGGACCAUCCCAAAACACACGAAUAGAUGAAAUCCGCAACCGCGAGCGCCAGUUUGAAGUCAACAUGUCGCCACGACGAACACCUGUUAAUAGCGCUGCCCAACAGGCUCUAAGCCGGAAAGCAGAUGAAAUCCUUGCUCGUGAACGCCAAGGUGGCGACGAUAGCAUCAUAUCACCACGACCUCGAUUUGGAAGCGGGAAUGCAAAGGUGGACCAAGUUCAGCAGAGAGAAAAAGACGGUCUUACACCGCGGCAGUAUGCCGCGAUACGCUUGGCUGAAAUCAAGGAGCAAAACGCAGCAACAAGGACAGUGUCCCCGAGCGAGCAUGCCCGCCGUCGUGACGCCCUCACUUCUUCUGCACUUCGCUCUUCGUCUGCUAUUGGCACAGCUGGGCAGCGGGCAAUCCAAAGUCCUGGCAGUGCUGCUAAGCCGCGGUCUAUCUGGAGGCGCGAAGUCUCUUCAGCGCCGCCAACUCAAGCCGCCUCGUCAUCUGCAUCGUCUACCUCGCCUCCUGCGGCACCGAAUUCAUUUAGAGAAGCCAAUGCUUUGCUUCGCCGCCUCGGAAAAAAUGUGAGCGCCGAAGCUGUCGCGGCGCAAACCGACGCUCACCACGGUGUCACUCCAACGUCACCACCCGACAGCAAACGACUGGCAGACACACACCCCAGCUCACUUCGCCGAGCAACAGAAAACGCAAGAAGAAUCUCUGGCGGCUCUAACGCUAGCAGCGGAUAUCAGCGCCCAACGGUUGGAUUUGCAUAUAACAAGGCAGCAUCAUCCAGCGGCUCUUCCAAGAGCAAGCGAUCCAGCAUGAACUCAGAACCAGACCCUACCGCCAGGAUCGAGGGCGAAGCUAAGCUCUUUGCACCUCAAGAUAACUAUUCGGAACGGGGCUCGGUUCGUGCACCAUCACCUAUGCCAGAGGAAGACCAAGAUGAUGACCACGACAGAGCUGCAGACGCAACUCCACGACCUAGCAAACCGGAUCCCCUAUCUAUGCCCACGCCGCAAAUCGUUGGCGCCUACGUCGAAACUCCCUUAACUGCUCGGCCUCGUAGCCAGGUGCGCGAGAGGAGCAGGUUGCGCGAGCAGGAAAACGCUGUACCCGACCCAGAAACCAUAUUCCGCGACAAGGAAACAAGCACAAAAAAGGCAGCAGUCGAAGAGCCUAGAUCAAGACCAGCACAGCCAAAGUUCACUACAGAGGAGACGGUUCGCCCAACCCGAGAGUCUCGCCCGCCCAGGGAGCCCUCAACGUCAGCGUCACGAUCUCGAUCACGAUCUGCGUCCAAGUCCCGACCACCCGUGAGAAAUACAGCCAAGCUCCCCACUGCCCGACAGGACCUUCUCGACCUGCAAAAGUCUUACGACAUGGACGACACGACAAUUGACGACCUGGAAAAGAUGCUCGCCAAAACCAAAAGUGACGCAGAUAUUCUGGCAUUAAUUCAAGAUCUCCCCGCCACGGAAGAUGAGCUGGACGAUAUUGUUAGAGUUGAGGGUGUCGACAUCAAGCGAGAGUCGUCGGUCGAAGAGGCCUUUACGAAAAUGAAUAAAAACAUGAAGGCAGCGCUGCCAGAUGUCAAGAAGGACUUGGAGGCCGUCAAGCAGACUGUGCGGGCUGAGCAAGAGGCCCAAAAGCGAAUGCUCGAACAAGAAGCUCGGGAGAAGCAGGCACUUGAGAAACUGGCCCUGCAAAAGGCGGCCCGGCAGAAACAACAACAGCCAGUUACGCCUGUUGAAGAACUACCGCCACCCGUAGACGAGAAGCCGAUCAUCAAAGAGCAAACUCCAAAGCAACCACAGCACACCUCGACAGCCGCACAUCAGCAUCAACAUCACAAGCAGAGCUCCCCCGAACAAGAAUGCCCACUGUGCAUCACCUCCCCCAAGCCAGGCUCCAUCAUUGCCUACAUUCACUUCCCUAUCCCUCGCUUCUACCACCGGGACCCGACCUUUCGUCUUACACUGCUGGGCCUUUUUGUGACGCUACUCAGCAUGUGGUAUGCAGCUGAAACAACGACAUGUGCCAAGUUUUGCCGUCCGGCAACCUGCACGACGCAGUCGCCGUGCGUCUGGGCGUACGACGAUCCCACGUUUGGCUAUGCCAUCCCCGUCAAGGUUGACCAAUGGCUGACUGGCGGCUACGGCCGUGCGGUGACAACCCAUCUAGUCGAGGAGACACGAGACUGGCUGGCAGAUCUGUACGAUGCUGCCACGGGCCGAUCCAUCAACGACGCCGAUAUGGUCGGCAUGUCGUUUGAAGCCAAGAGGCGAUACCGCCGGCGACUAGCAAAGAAGGGCUUGCUUCGAUCUGCUAAGGAGCCUGUUGGUGAGACGCGCGCGAAAUGGGACUCGUGGAAGCGAGAGCGCACUGUGAGCGAGGAAGCCAAGGAUCGCGGUGGCCGGUAUUACGACGACGAAGCCAUUGGCGAUGACGAGCAAGUUUGGUAGUAACAACACGGGAUGGUAGUCACGGAUUAUAGCCACCCCAACAACUGCGGAGGCUUGAAUAGCAUGGUAUUGGAUACGGAGUUUGGGUAGGAUCACUAGCAAGCAGGCAAGCGCUGCCAUUGAAUUGAUCGAAUUACUAUUUUGUGUUUUAAACUACAAGCAACACCCAUCUCUUAUUGGCCCAGUGUCUUUCUCAUCCACGCAAUAAUCUGUACUCCCCACUGGUCCUCGGCCUGGCCAACCAUGAGACUCCACGGGUAACUCAGAUGGUUAUGGCCCUUAAGUUCAAGAUACUCGACCUGAUCCGGAAUGACUUUCUUGGCCGUCGCGUAGAACUUGUCGCCCGAGUCGAGCACCUCGUUGCGCGGAUCCCACUCAGCCUCAACAAUGAGCCACUUGGGCUGGACAUCCUGGUUUGCCACGCGCGUGGUGCCAAACACUUCAAGCUGGUGCUGCGCCGUACGGUCACGUAACUUGUCUCUCAUAUCUCCAAAGUAAGUCGUAAUCACCGGCGUGCGCUCAAGAUUCAUAGUGUCCCAUGUAAACGGGGCGCUUGCGGGGAUCGCACCACGGAGUCGAAGCGGCGAAGCACCCGAGACAAGACGGUUACGCUGGGCCGCAAACGCCGGGUCGAGCAGGAACGUGGCAAGAUGCGUGCCGCCAGCUGAGUGGCCCAUGAUGAAGACGUCGACGGAUUUAUCCUUGCACAGGUUAUGCUCUACCCAUGUGAGAGCGAGUGACAGGUCCUCGCCGCCAGACGGGUACACAGCUCCCUCGCCGGUGGGCUUGUGGGUAACGGGAUCUAUUGAGUCGACGCGGCGGUAGUCGGGGAUGACGACGGUGAAGCCGCGCUGGGCGAAGAAGGCGCCGAGGUUGUGGAAGGUCAGGCCGUCGGCGAAGCUGGUGUCGGUCUUGUCGCCGGCGACGAGGCCGCCGCCGUAGAGCCAGAUGAGGAUGGGGCUGGGCUGUUCGUGGGAUGUGGAUGUGUACACGUCUAGCUCGUUACGGGGGUGAGGGCCGUAUUUGUGUGAAGUUGAGGGGACGGAGAGGAUUUGGUCCUUGUUCUUGAUGAGGAGAGGGCCGAGAAGGUCUUGGAUGGGGAGGAGGGAGGGGAGGAUGGCGGUGCCCAGAUGGUUGACAAUGCCUUUGAUUUCAUCCAUGUUUGUUUGUAUGAGAUGCGGAAGUGAGUUUAUGAGUUUGUUUUGAAAUGAAGAUUGGGGGGAGAUGGAAGAGUAGUCGGUUAGAGACGGGCCGAAUGGAUGGCUUUUAUAUCUUGGUGGAUAUGCAUACCAGC